AUGAAGCUGACUUCUUCAUCUUCCACCCAUCCCUGCAAAUACGCUGAAGACAAACCCCCACAUCACCUCCACAACCUGCCGUCCACCCUGCACCACCACCACAUCAACACCACCUGCCGUCCACCCUGCACUACCACCACACCAACACCACCUGCCGUCCACCCUGCUCCACCACCACAUCAACACCACCUGCCGUCCACCCUGCUCCACCACAUCACCUCCACAACCUGCCGUCCACCUUGCACUACCACCACACCAACACCACCUGCCGUCCACCCUGCACAACCACCACACCAACACCACCUGCCGUCCACCCUGCUCCACCACCACACCUCCACAACCUGCUGUCCACCCUGCUCCACCACCACACCAACACCACCUGCCUACCAGCCUGCACCGCCACCACACCAACACCACCUGCCGUCCACCCUGCUCCACCACAUCACCUCCACAACCUGCUGUCCACCCUGCUCCACCACCACAUCAACACCACCUGCCUACCAGCCUGCACCACCACCACAUCAACACAACCUGCCGUCCACCAAGCACCACCACCACAUCAACACAACCUGCCGUCCACCCUGCUCCACCACCACACCUCCACAACCUGCUGUCCACCCUGCUCCACCACCACACCAACACCACCUGCCUACCAGCCUGCACCGCCACCACACCAACACCACCUGCCGUCCACCCUGCUCCACCACAUCACCUCCACAACCUGCUGUCCACCCUGCUCCACCACCACAUCAACACAACCUGCCGUCCACCAAGCACCACCACCACAUCAACACAACCUGCCGUCCACCCUGCUCCACCACAUCACCUCCACAACCUGCUGUCCACCCUGCUCCACCACCACAUCAACACAACCUGCCGUCCACCCUGCACCACCACCACAUCAACACAACCUGCCGUCCACCCUGCUCCACCACAUCACGUCCACAACCUGCUCCACCACCACAUCAACACAACCUGCCGUCCACCCUGCACCACCACCACAUCAACACAACCUGCCGUCCACCCUGCACCACCAACACAACCUGCCGUCCACCCUGCACCACCACCACAUCAACACAACCUGCCGUCCACCCUGCACCACCAACACAACCUGCCGUCCACCCUGCACCACCAACACCACCUGCCGUCCACCCUGCUCCACCACCACACCUCCACAACCUGCUGUCCACCCUGCUCCACCACCACACCAACACCACCUGCCUACCAGCCUGCACCACCACCACAUCAACACAACCUGCCGUCCACCCUGCACCACCAACACCACCUGCCGUCCACCCUGCUCCACCACCACACCUCCACAACCUGCUGUCCACCCUGCUCCACCACCACAUCAACACAAGCUAUACACGCCAGGGCAUCCCGGUGCAAACCCAUGACAGCAAUUCCAACGUGUACAACGUUCGCCUGGACUCCGCGGUUUAA